UCACGAAUAGCAAUUUGCAUGUAGUUUUAAAUAGAUUAUCGCAUUCAACGAAACAUUCCCUCUUCAACGAUUGUGAAUCUAAAAGUGAGGCAACGCAACGAGCAAGAGUGAGUAAAAGGCAUCGUAAUCGCAAUCGUCAUCCUAGAAUUGAAGCACGUGUGAGAAUGAAAGUCCUUGUGGGAAACGGUGAAAAAGAAAGCAAAAUCCAUGUCGACUUUAACGCGCAUGCGGUAUACCAGUGGUGGGGGGAUCCUUUACGAGAAAAUAUUCCAUAUUUUCAACCGAAGAGGAAUAUCUGCUCCUGCUUUGAAAAAAGUGAAAAUGGCAAAAUUAACUGAAGAAGAAAGAGAAAAAAAUUUGAAACCAUUAUUGGCAAGUGGUUGGUCAGUUCAGUCAAAUAGGGAUGCCAUUUAUAAAGAAUUUUUGUUCAAAAACUUUAACCAGGCCUUUGGUUUCAUGACAAGAGUGGCAUUGCAGGCAGAAAAAAUGGAUCAUCAUCCUGAAUGGUUUAAUGUUUACAAUAAAGUAAACAUUACCCUUUCUUCUCACGAUGUAAAUGGUUUAUCAAAAAGGGAUAUUAAGCUUGCUACCUUUAUAGACAAGGCUACUACAAUGGAUGAAAAUUAAAACUUGAAUUAUGUAAUACGUCAAGUCUGUAAAACUUCAAUCAAAUUUUGUGCAUCAGUAUCCUGUCUGUUGAAUUUUUUACAGUUUAUAGUACACUGUGAAAGUUGUCUUAACAAUGUGUUAUAUUAUAAACACAAUAUGAACAAUAUAUUUAGUAAGGGUGUGCGAGAACCCGAAAUAUCAGGAUCGGGACGAGUACCCGAAAGUUUCGAGAUACUCGACAUAAUCGAGAUUCCCGAAAAUUCCGAGAACUCGAUGAACAGCGUACACAAUGCCCAAGCAUGCAGUCAUACGUUUGUUUACAUCAGGUUACAUGAUUCUUAAAAUCCGUGUUUCCAAUAACUUCACGACAAUUGGCAGAAGAAAAUGAAAGAAUGUUGUCCAUCACUAAUUCUUUUCAAGAGU